AUGAUUCAAAAAGGUACUCCCAUGAUGAGAAGAAAUUCAUAUAGGUCUCAGUCACCUUCUGCACGAUCUUCUUUGUCAUUUUCGAAUUUGAGAAAGGGUAGGAUUAGAUCUGGUUCACUAUCAGCCUCGAGCAGUAGAAGCAGUUCACCAAUUAGAUCGGUUUCAUCUUCAUCAGAUCAGUUACUACCACCACCAAAUUAUGGUGGCAUUAAAAGACAAGAUAGUUUUGGUUCACCUCGUAAGCAAGAACCUUACAGCGGUAUAAUAUCUGUGGUUAUAAGAUUAAAACCGAAUGGCGGUCGUGAACUGGAUCCAUGGUUUGUGAGGGAUGAACACACGAUGCAACAUGCAGACUAUGGGGAAUUUAAAUACGAUCAUGUUUUCAAGACCGCAUGUAAUAAUGUGGAAGUUUAUGCACAGACGAGUAAACCAAUGAUUGAUAGAGUAUUUGAGGGUUUAAAUGCCACAGUGUUUGCAUAUGGUAUGACAGGUUCAGGUAAGACAUUUACUAUGGCAGGUACGGAGGAAACAUUAGGAUUAAUACCGUUAUCAGUGGCAUAUCUUUACAGUAGAGUAAUGGAGGAAAGCUUACAAGGUGACAGUAGAUUUGAGAUAGCAGUAUCAUAUUUGGAGAUUUAUAAUGAAAAGAUUUAUGAUUUGUUGGAUUGUGAAAACGAAUUGAAACCUACUGCGGCUACCAGUUCACGGAUGUUUGCACAUAUGGGGACCAGAAGUUCAAAAACCCCCGUAGAAUUAAAAUUGAGAGAGGACUCUAAGUAUGGCGUUAAGAUUGUUGGUCUCACUGAAAGAAGGUGUGAAUCAAGUGACGAGUUGUUGAAGUGGAUUCGAAUAGGUGAUAAGAGUAGGAAGACGGGGGAGACUACGUAUAAUACUAGAAGUUCCAGAUCUCAUGCCAUCGUUAUGAUUAGAUUGACAAAGACGGAUUUGAAAGAAGGUACGUCUGUCUCAAGUACAUUAUCUCUGUGUGAUUUGGCAGGAUCUGAAAAAGCAGUAACACACAACGAGAGAAGGAAAGAAGGUGCAUUUAUAAACAAAUCUUUACUGGCACUGGGCACUGUAAUCUCGAAAUUAAGUGCCGAAUCUACUUCACAUAGAAAUGGUGGUAGUAGCAGCCCCGUGACUGGCCACAUACCGUAUCGAGAUUCAAAAUUGACUCGUAUCCUACAGCCAGCGCUUAGCGGCAACGGUGUCGUUACUACUAUCUGUACCAUUGAUACAAGACCGGAUGCAUCGAGUGAGACAUUAAACACGCUAAGGUUUGCCUCUAGGGCUAAAAAUGUAUCCUUACAUAUUUUUCGGAAACCAUUAUUGCCCUCUAUGAGUGGUAGUAACGGUAUCGUUGAGGAGAAGGAUAAAACCAUCAUGAGUUUGACUAGACAAUUAGAGGAACAACAGCUUUUAAUAGGCAAAUUGAGAGACGAUACAAGAUCGCUACCGUCGGUUAGUAGCAAUGGUGUUGGCGGCGGUGCUAGUAGCAGAGGUAGCUCAGAUCCCAGUACAAAUCUUGUGGAAACUGAGAAUAAGUUUCUAAAAUAUAAAUUGGAACAUUGUGAGAAAUUGUUAGAUAAAGAUACUACUGAUUUACAAGAUUCUGAAAUAGCUGAGAUUGUGGACAUUUUACCCGUGGAAGUGGGAACUUUAUUAGAGACUAAAUUUCAAGGCAUGGAAUCACAGCUAAGGCAGUACAAAGAAUAUACUAGAACUUUAGAAGAAAAGUUAGCCGAAACAGAAAGACAGAUCCAAGCUCCACAAUUAUCUGAAAUGAGUCUUACAAGCGCAACGAGUACAGCUGAUAGUGAAGUAUUAGUUGAACUUCGUAAAAGUUUGGAACGUAAGGAUAGAAUGAUUGAAGCAUUACAGAGUGCACUGAGGUUGCGUGAGAGAGCACUGAAACCAAUUAACGGAGAUGAACUUAACGUUAGCCCCAAGGAGGAAUUUUAUUGA